CGAUGGCCGACUACUACGACGCGCUGCGGGACGCGGUCUGGAACGACGACCUCGAAGCGCUCCAGAUGUGCAUGCACGCCGGUCGCAUCGACGUCAACCACACCGACUCGGCAGGGCAAACGCUGCUGCACCUCGCGUCGUUCUGGGGCCGGACCGAGAUUGUGCGACUGCUCGUGUCGCUCGGCGCGAGCAUGAAGGCCAAGAAUGCAGCUGGCUGCACCGCCCUCGACUUGGCGAUUCACUGGGGCCACUCGGCGACGGCCGAGAUGAUUCGCUUGCGCGGUGGCCUCAGCGUCUGGGAGGAAAAGAUGGGGCUGCUCCAAAUGCAAGUCGAAGAUCUCUCGACCACGCUUGCCGACUGCGAAGCCGAGAACCGCCACAAAGACAGCCAGCUCCAAGCUUAUCGCACCGAGAUUCUGGAGCUACACACCAAGUGGCGCGCGACGCUUGAUCUGCUCGACGCGGAAACCAAAAAGGGCGUCGCCUUGCAGGCGCGGCACGACGAGCUCGCACGCGUCACGGACAAGCUGCGCACCGACCUCGCGGGCCUCAAGCAAGAGUUGCACGAGGCGCAGCUCGAGGCCAUUCGCAUCGACAUGGAGCGCGUGGCGGCCGAGACGACGCGGGACGCCAGUCUGCAGCAGCGCGAGGUCGCGGUGCGCGCGGCCGCCGACGCGUACGCUGUUCAAGUCGAGCGACUUCGCGACUGGCAGGCCGCCGAAGCCGCGGCGGUCAUGAUGGAGACGCAGCGCAACGCCGCGUGGACCGAGCGCGACGCCAUUAAACUGCGGGCCAGUGCGGUGGCGAUCGAGCUGCGGCUCGUCACGGAGCGACUCGAAUUCACCCAAAGCGAGCUCACGGCGCUGCGCCAAGAGACGCUCGAGUUUACGGAGGCGAAGCGCAAGGAAGAGAUCCGCCAGCGCCGCGCGAUGCGGGCGCUCGAAGUUAUCUCUGCCGACGACCGCCUCGAGAAGCUAAGUAAGGCCAAGGAGUAUGGCAACCGGUCCAAGAACCAACCCUCGCAAGAGAGUAGCCAGAGCCCCACAGCGAUGCGUGCGCAGACGGCGGUGGCACUCGUAUCGCAGGAGCUGCACCCAGACCUCGCGGUCUUUGAAGAGGCUUUUGUGCACACGGUCAAGACGUUCACGGAGGCGCGGCGCGACAAGUGGGCGGCGCUCGCGAUCCAGACGAACGAAGGCCAGAGCCAAGCGCGCUUUGCCGUCGCUCGGCCUCUCUUUAAGCCUGCGUCGGCCAGCCCCGCGGGCGCCAAAGUCAACUGCGCGGUGUACGGCAAGUACGCCAAGACGCAGGGACGCCCCGCAACGGACCACCGGGCCAAAGUCCAGCGGCAUACGCAGCUGCCUCCGAUGCUCACCAAGUAG